CCUAGAGAUUGCGAGGAAGUUCAAAGUGCUGGAAAUCACACGAGUGGUAUUCACACCAUAUAUUUAACCAAUUCGCACAAUUAUGGUGUCCAGGUAUGGUGUGACAUGGAAACGGAUGGCGGAGGAUGGACGGUAUUUCAAAGACGGAUGGAUGGAUCAGGUGACUUCUACAGGAGCUGGGAUCAGUAUGCUAUGGGCUUUGGGAAUCUUACCAGAGAGUUCUGGCUCGGUAACCAAAUUCUACAUUACCUUACCACUUCUGAUUGGUAUAUGCUGAGAGUGGAUUUGGCAGAUUUCAACAACAACACUCGGUAUGCAGAGUACGACAUUUUCUCCGUUGGACCACCAGAAGAUCGAUACAGAGCCUAUGUGUCUGGAUAUUCAGGAAAUGCCGGUGAUGAUAUGUCGCUCACAAGUGGCCACCGAUUUAGUACGUAUGACAGGGAUUAUGAUGUUUGCUCCUGCAAUUGCGCUUGGUCCUAUAAAGGUGGAUGGUGGUACGCGGCAUGUCAUCGGGCAAAUCUCAACGGCCUUUACCUGAAUGGACACGUUUCUUCCUAUGCCAAUGGUGUCGUAACAUAUAGUUUUAAAGGGUUUUACUACUCAUUGAAAACUACUACAAUGAUGGUACGUAAAGGAUGGCCCCGACGCAUUGGUCAGAUAGUGAGUGUUUAA